AUUAAAAGUUAUUUAUGGAGUUCACUGUCUGGGCUCCACGCUAACAUCAAAGAUUAACAACGCGAAGUGUCUUUAUAUGUGCAUUCGCUAUUCAAAGCUGACGUAAUGGUAGAUUUAUUUGGUGGUCGAGUGAAUAAGGACCAAAACAUUAUCGUACUAAUCCUUUUCGGCGUUUGUUGUUUCAUAUUUGGACAUUUCUUUAGUGGCCUUGUUCAAAAUAAUGCUAUUAUCGUCGAUGAAUGGAAAGAUAUUGUUAUCUUUAUAGGAUCUUUAUGUCUGAAUAUAGGAGACACGAUCUUGCAGCUUUUAAAGGCUUGUAUCAUUCCACUGAUCAUCAUCUGUAUUUUAUAUGCUGUGGUUUGGCUGGACACCAGAACCGCAGAAAAUGUUGUUCGAUACUCGGCGAUUUAUUAUUUAGGCAUGAUACUUAUCACAGUUGGAAUUACACUGGCGUUGAGAGAGAAACUAGGGUGGAAUGGAAUUGCUAAGGAAGAGAAGUAUGGUACCAUCAAGUCACCUGGCAAAUCCUGCAGCGAUAUUCUUCAGAAAAGAUCAGAAGGCUGUUUUCCCGAUGACAUUUAUUGGAUUUCCAUUGAACCAAACAGAAAUAGAGAAAACGCAUUUCCAGUGUUUUGUGACAUGAAAUCAGGAGGAUUUACAAUGGCUUUCAAGGUUGUUUCUGGAGGCAACCGAUUAACAAGUAUUGGUAAAUUUUGGAAGCAGAAAUUACCUUCACAUGAAUCAAGUUUAGGAGCUCUUAACAAAUUUAAAUCAUUUACGGGACUUUAUAAAAAUCGUCUUGUCGAUCCAACAAAUUGGAACAAAGUAGUGUCGAGUGAGGUACGUUUUGUGUUGUACAAAAACGGCUUGGAACAGUUGGUCCUUAAGUUCAAAUGUCCGAAUUGCAGCUACAUCGACUGGUUUACACAACUUAACCUCGUGGAGUCCCCAUGGCAUGAUAUAACAUCGUCUACCUUUAACUACUUUACAAUAGAAGGUCGUUGCUUUAGAGACAGAUGUCGUGAUUUUCAUAUAAAUCACAACUAUGAUUAUUGUCCUAAGGAUGAUGGAUGGUUAAGCAUUGGAAACACUAUAGAAUGCCCCUGGGAGAAACGAUUUUCAGGAACAUCAUUUAUUUACAGCAUAGUUGGGCGACAUCAGAAUUACAAUGAAUACAAUUCUUUCUCUGGAGAUUCCGAUGUUUUGGCUAUUUUUGUGCGAUGACGAGCUUAGGCAAUGGUUGAAGUGAUCGUUUUUGAGGAGUUUUUUCGUCUUUCAGUGGCUUAUUCUAGUCCAAUCAAUACAUGCAUGGUUUAAGUAUAACAUUAUGUAGUUAGCUAUAGUGAAAUAAAAGACAAAAAAGACUAUUGAAGCAAAA